AUGACGCAGACCCUGAUGACGCAGACCCUGAUGACGCAGACCCUGAUGACGCAGACCCUGAUGACGCAGACCCUGAUGACGCAGACCCUGAUGACGCAGACCCUGAUGACGCAGGCCCUGAUGACGCAGGCCCUGAUGACGCAGACCCUCAUGACGCAGACCCUGAUGACGCAGACCCUCAUGACGCAGACCCUGAUGACGCAGACCCUGAUGACGCAGACCCUGAUGACGCAGACCCUCAUGACGCAGACCCUGAUGACGCAGACCCUCAUGACGCAGACCCUGAUGACGCAGACCCUGAUGACGCAGACCCUGAUGACGCAGACCCUGAUGACGCAGACCCUGAUGACGCAGACCCUGAUGACGCAGACCCUGAUGACGCAGGCCCUGAUGACGCAGGCCCUGAUGACGCAGGCCCUGAUGACGCAGGCCCUGAUGACGCAGACCCUGAUGACGCAGACCCUGAUGACGCAGACCCUGAUGACGCAGACCCUGAUGACGCAGACCCUGAUGACGCAGACCCUGAUGACGCAGACCCUGAUGACGCAGACCCUGAUGACGCAGACCCUGAUGACGCAGACCCUGAUGACGCAGACCCUGAUGACGCAGACCCUCAUGACGCAGACCCUGAUGACGCAGACCCUGAUGACGCAGACCCUGAUGACGCAGACCCUGAUGACGCAGACCCUGAUGACGCAGACCCUCAUGACGCAGACCCUCAUGACGCAGACCCUCAUGACGCAGACCCUCAUGACGCAGACCCUCAUGACGCAGACCCUCAUGACGCAGACCCUCAUGACGCAGACCCUCAUGACGCAGACCCUCAUGACGCAGACCCUGAUGACGCAGACCCUCAUGACGCAGACCCUCAUGACGCAGACCCUCAUGACGCAGACCCUCAUGACGUAG